AUGCCGGUUUUUGGCACUUUGCAGGCGAAUUUCUCUCUGAACUUUCUGGCCAUUCUGCCGAUGGCCAAAAUUCUAGGUUCCAUAACUGAGGAGCUGGCCGACAGCGUUGGUGAGACCUUGGGUGGGCUUCUCAAUGCAUCCUUUGGCAUCUCGGAGAGUCAUGACGCUGUGACGCUGGGGUAA